AUGGAGGUCCUGAAACACAAGAAAAGAAAAACCCCUGAGGAAACCAAACCCUCCAAACCAAUGGAAGCCGAGGCCGCCGCCAAGCCCAUGGAGAAGCAGAAGAAACGAAAAGCUAUGGACAAAGAGAGACGCCUCCACGCCGCACUGGAAGCCAAGCCUAAACCACCUCCGUCCAUCUCCGAAUUUAAAACCGCCGCGGCUGCUUCUUCUAGCGGCGGGGCUGUUCUGCCGGAGUUCCACGUCGGCGUGUUCAAGGACUUGGCUUCUGCUGAUGCCGCGGUGAGAGAGGCGGCGGUGGAGGCCUUGGCGACGGAGCUGAUGGAAGUGCAGAGGGCUUAUGAGGGGCUUGAGAAUAAGGAGUUGUUGGAAGGCGGUGGUGUCAAGCUGGAGGCGGAGAAGGAUGACGGCUUGAAUGACUGUGCGCCGUCGUUGAGAUAUGCUCUGCGGAGACUCAUUCGUGGUGUUUCUUCAUCUAGAGAGUGUGCAAGACAAGGAUUUGCAGUAGGUUUAACUAUGUUAGGAAGUACCAUUCGCAGCAUCAAGGUGGACUCGCUGCUGAAACUCAUAGUUGAUUUCUUAGAGGUCACUUCAUCAAUGAAGGGUCAGGAACAAAGGGAUCGUCUUUUGGGUCGAUUAUUUGCGUAUGGUGCUCUUGGACGAUCAGGAAGACUAGUUGAGGAGUGGGUUUCUGAUAGAAAUACUCCGCACAUUAAGGAAUUCACUAGUCUCCUCAUUGCUCUUGCAUCAAAGAAGAGAUACUUGCAAGAGCCUGCUGUAUCAGUUAUUUUAGACUUGAUUGAAAAGUUGCCCCCAGAAGCCUUGUUGAUUCAUGUUCUAGAGGCUCCAGGACUUCAUGAAUGGUUUGAAGGAGCUAUUGAAAUUGGAAAUCCUGAUGCUUUGCUGUUGGCUCUGAAAAUUGGAGAAAAAGUUUCUGUGGACAGUGCAAGAUUUGGGAAACUUCUGCCAGACCCAUUUGUUCCUAACAAAUUGUUCUCUGCUGAGCACCUGUCUUCUCUUGCUAAUAGUUUAAAGGAAUCGACCUUCUGUCAGCCACGCAUUCACAGUGUUUGGCCUGUUCUAGUGAAUAUUCUUUUGCCUGAAAGAGUUUUACAGACUGAAGAUGCAGUGUCUAUUUCAAAUUCCUUAAAGAAGCACAAAAAGAAUCGCAAAUCUAGCUCUUCUGAUGAAGAUAUUGCAAAGAAUUUCCAGUGCUUCUGCGAGGUGAUUAUUGAGGGAUCCCUUCUCCCAUCAUCUCAUGAUCGCAAACACUUGGCCUUUGAUGUUUUGCUUCUUCUCCUACCGAGGUUGCCUGCUUCUUAUAUACCAAUUUGUUUGUCUUACAAAGUUGUUCAGUGCAUGACUGAUGUACUUCCAACAACUGAUGCUUGGCUCAAGAAAAUUGUGCAAAACUUUAUUAAGACAUUAUCAGACUGGGUUGGGGAUGAUGAUGUCAAAAGGGUUUCUGUAAUAAUGGCUCUACAGAAACACAGCAAUGGAAGAUUUGAUUGUAUCACGCGAACAAAAACAGUUAAGGAUUUGAUGGCAGACUUCAAAACAGAAUCGGGUUGCAUGCUGUUUAUUCAGAACUUGUUGAACAUGUUUGUGGAUGAAAGUCAUGCUUCUGAUGAACCUUCGGAUCAGAGUAUAACAACAGAUGACAAUUCUGAGAUAGGCUCUAUUGAAGACAAGGACUCUGUUGCAAUGGGAAAUUCUGAUAUUUUGAAAGCUUGGAUAGUGGAAUCCCUCCCCUGUAUAUUAAAAAAUUUAAAGCUAGAACCAGAAGCUAAGUUUAGGGUUCAAAAAGAAAUUUUGAAGUUUCUAGCUGUUCAGGGUUUGUUCACUGCAUCUCUUGGCACUGAAGUGACAUCCUUUGAAUUACAAGAGAAAUUUAGGUGGCCAAAAGUAGCCACCUCAAGUGCCCUCUGCAGGAUGUGUAUUGAGCAGCUCCAGUUAUUAUUGGCAAAUUCCCAGAAGGGAGAAGGUCCACGUGGUUUGCCAAAUCGACUCGAAUCAAAUGAUCUUGGCUCAUACUUUAUGCGGUUUCUUAGCACUUUGUGCAACAUUCCUUCAAUCUCUCUCUUUCGACCUUUGGAUACCGAGGAAGAAAAUACGUUGAAAAAAUUGCAAGCUAUGGAGACUUCACUUUCUAAAGAGGAAAGGAAUUGCGGGCAUAGCAGCGAGGCAAAUAGGUUGCAUGCGCUAAGAUACUUGCUCAUCCAGCUGCUUUUGCAAAUGCUCCUUCGACCUAAAGAGUUCUUAGUAGCAGUGUCUGAGCUUAUUAUAUGCUGUAAAAAGGCUUUCCCUGUUGUUGAUGUCGUUGAUUCCGGUGAAGACAACUUAGAUGGUGAUGAUGCACCUGCAGUGAUGGAUGUUCUUGUGGAUACACUGCUCUCAUUGCUGCCUCAGUCAUCAGCUCCUAUGCGAACUGCUAUUGAACAGGUUUUUAAAUACUUCUGUGUUGACAUCACGGAUGAUGGUCUACUGCGGAUGUUGAGGGUCAUUAGGAAGAACUUGAAACCUGUCAGACAUCAGGAUGCUGAUAGUGAAGACAUUGACGAUGACGAAGAUGAAGAUUUUCUUAACAUUGAAGAAGAUGAGGUCAUUGAUAGGGCUGAGACCGGUGAAACAGGUGACAGUGAGCAGACAGACGAGUCUGAGGCCGACUCUGAGGCUGACUCUGAGGCUGUUGAUGAGGUUGAGGAAGUUGCCCAGGAAAUUCAUGACGCUUCUGAUGAAUCAGAUGGAGGGAUGGAUGAUGAUGCAAUGUUCCGGAUGGAUACUUAUCUUGCACGGAUCUUCAAAGAGCGAAGGAAUCUGGCUGGGGGUGACACUGCUCAUCAGCAACUCAUGCUGUUUAAGCUUCGUGUUCUUUCUUUGCUAGAAAUUUACCUGCAUGAAAAUCCAGAUAAGCCACAAGUUUUGUUGGUUUACUCAAAUUUGGCUCGUGCGUUUGCUGAACCGCAUACUGCAGAGAGUAGUGAACAGCUUGGACAGCGUAUAUGGGGAAUUCUGCAAAAGAAAAUAUUUAAAGCGAAGGACCAUCCCAAGGGUGAAGAUGUGCAACUAUCUACUCUAGAAUCUUUGUUGCAAAGAAAUCUGAAGUUGGCUUCAAAACCAAUCAAGAGAAAGAAAUCUGCUGCCAACCUGUCAAAGAAGAAGCAGUCGGCUUCCUGGAACCGACAGAAAAUUAUUGCUUCCCUUGCACAGAGUUCUACCUUCUGGAUUCUAAAGAUCAUUGAUGCAAGAAAUUUUCCAGAGUCUGAGCUGCAGAGAGUUUUUGAUAUAUUCCAGGGUGUUCUGGUAGAGUAUUUCAAUAGUAAGAAGUCUCAAAUCAAAUCGGAGUUUCUGAAAGAAAUAUUUAGAAGAAGGCCUUGGAUAGGGCGUUAUCUCUUUGGCUUUCUUUUGGAGAAAUGUGGAAGUUCAAAGUCAGACUUUCGGCGAGUAGAAGCACUUGAUAUGGUGAGUGAAAUAUUGAAGUCCCCAGGCUUAUCUGAUGUAAGCGGCGAGGAAACUCUGAAGAAAAUUAUGAAAAGCCAUCUUGAAAAACUCUGUCAGUUGAUAGAGCAAUUGCUUACAAAUAUGCCAGAGAAACAGUCAAGACGAGCUGAAGUACGGAAGUUUUGUGGGAAGAUCUUUCAGAUGAUAGCAACCCUUAAGCUGAGCAAGUCUUUUCUUAAGAAUUUAGCUCCAGAUGCUCACGCCAAGUGUGAAUCACAACUUGGUGAUCAGUUUAAGAACUUGAAGAAGAUACAGCUGAAAGAGUAAAAUUAAUUUGAUUAUCUUUCAUCCCUGAACUAUACUGGAAUCAGUUUGGGCUAAUAGCAAACCCCAUUUAAGAGUGCUUCACCUUUCUGUAGAAGGUACGAGUUAUAACUUGAGAGAAUUUUUUGUUGUAAGAUUUUUGUUCAGUACAUUUCAGUUUACAUUGUAUUAUUUCAUAUCAUUCUGUAGUCACUUUUAUGAGUUUAGUUUUUCUAGAUAGAGAGUUUGGUGAUAGUGGAAUGUCAUGUAGUUGGCACAUUGAUAUUUCGAACCCCUUGCUAAUGUUAUUGUUAUGUAG